AUGUCGGCAAGUUCGAGCUCAAAUUCAAGGAUAUUCAAAUUAGAAUGUGGCUGUGGAGACGAACCAGGUUUAUUCACAUCAAAUACCUACCUCAAUCCUUGUCGUCGAUUUCGACGUUGCAUCAACACAGAGCAAUUAAAAUGCGAAAAAAAUACUGUAGUAGCAAUGGCUGAGAGGCUGAAAAUGAAGGAGGAUGAACUUUUGUGUCUUAAAUCCAAAGCAAAUGACUUGGAGGAGCAAUUAAAAUGCGAAGAAAAUACUGCAGUAGCAAUGGCUGAGAGGCUGAAAAUGAAGGAGAAUGAACUUUUGUGUCUUAAAUCCAAAGUAAAUGACUUGGAGAAGCAAGUACAAGUCUUGUCCAAGAGAAACAUCUUCAGAAACCGUAUUGUGUGUGUGUCAGUUGUGUUAUUUGUUGUUUUGCUUUUUUCCUUGGGUAAAGGGGAAAAUGUUACUUUAUUUAACUACACAACCAUGUUAUAA